AUGCUGCUACACCCGUCUCUCGACCUUCACAACUUACACAAUCUCAGCGGCGACUCGGGCGACUUGUCGCACCUAGAACAUUCGCACGCGACGCACCCCCCGCAUCGCCUGCUCGUCGCACAGCAGCAACCGAGCGCCGCCGCAAGCGUCGCGACGAGUGCUUUCCUCGAUGACCCUUCUCCGCCUCCGCCGCCGCCAGCGCCGCCGCCGCCGCGCGAGGUAGAGCUGGACUCGUGCGCGCUGCAGUCGGUGCUGCCGCAGCUCCUUCCGCCCGCCCUCCUUGACCUCGCCUGCUUCAACCACCUCUCGCUGCACUCCGCACACGAAACUCCCGCAGACAACGGUGGUGGCGGCGGGGACGAGUCGAGUGCGCCACCGCCACCUGAGACAGCGACGCCGCGCGAUCUGCUGGAUGUGGCGCGGAACAAGGUGGGCGCCAGCACCGUGUGGGCGCCGGUGGAUGGAGCGGCGGACAGUGCGGAAGGCGCAGGAGGCGCGGGGGAAACGGGGGGCGCAGGAGGACCAAAGGGGCCGGGAAGAGCUGAGCCGGCGGCGGCGUCAACCCUCACCCUGCCGAAUGAAGUGAUCACCGUGUGUCGCUCCGCUGCCCAGCCAGCAUCACCAUCAGUCCGGAUCUCAGUGGGUAGACGUGGAGAGGCUGGGGCACGUCGUUGGCGUGGUUCGCCAACUACAUUGGCAAGCUGCCUGCCAAUCAGCUCACCACGCUGCUGGACCUGCUCUUCUCGCUGUCCACGGGAAUCGGGUUUCAACCUCGCGCGCUAUCUGCUGGGCGCCAGCUUCAACGCCACCAACAGCCCGCAGCUCACCAAAGACACCAUGCACCAGGCCAACCUCCCCGGCUACAAGCCGAGCAAGGCCGCCCCGUACGUCUGGGCGGCAGACUGGCAACAGCGGAAGGUUUUGAAAGGAGCGAUGCAGAGAGGUGUAGAUGAGGUGGAGUCAAUCGCUUAUUCAGCCCCUUGGUGGAUGACCAUCAGUGGGGAUACGUCGGGGAAUGUGGGCGGCAAAUCGAAUCUCCGACCGGAUAUGUACGGCGCGUUUGUGGAGUAUCUAGCCACUUUAGCGGCCCAUUUUCGCCACAUGUGGAGCGUGACGUUCAGCACGAUGAAUCCGGUGAAUGAGCCCCUGGAGGGGUGGUGGUCGCAGGGGGGGCGGCACGAGGGUUGCAGUUACAUUGCUGCUGAGCUGGAUAGGCUUUGCACAGCCGUGGCGGGUGCGCUGCAACGGAAGAAGCUUUCAACGCGCGUCGCGGGGUUCGACAGCUUCGUCGGGUUCACGAUGCGAAACGCGAAUCUAUUUUCCGGGCAGUUACUAUCCGGUCUGAAAAGGAUUUUGGUGCAUGGAUAUGUCCCGCCACCACCCACCACCACGGAUACCAGGGAGUUCAUAGAGAAGCUGUACGUUGGAUUAGCGUGGAUGGGGAUCAGUGUGGGGAAGGAGGUGUGGGUGUCGGAGAUUGGGCCGAUGUGGGCGGGAGGGGAGGACACCGAUGUGGGGUUGUUCAUGAUGCGAUUUGCGAUCCAAGCAAUCAACAUCAUGGGCGCCUCAGCAUGGAUUUACUGGCAGGCGAUCAACCCAUACCUCCCGAAUAACCCCAACUCUGCCAAGUGGGGGCUGUUUACAAUAACGCACAACAAUGUGUCCGAUCCUGCAAUUGUGCCGGUGGAAAUUACAUUCUCGAAAAAGUUUCACAUGAUGAAGCAGAUGGCUCGGGCGUCGCCGAAAGGGAGCAUGCCGCUGAGAAUCGAGACGACCAAUGGCUGUCACCACUGCGUUGCGUCGUUCUUCAACCCCGAUAAGAACUUCAUCUCUAUCUACAUAGUCAACCAGGAUGGCGAUGACUACAGUAUCACAUUCAAAUUUGAGCUUUUUGGGCUGAUGGACGGGUCGCGCCCGUAUGUGGUGGAGGUGCAGCGGACGUCUGCGAGUGAGGAUGCAGAGGUGGUUGCCACCAAAAGUUACGACGACAUGCCCCAGUCUCUGGCUGUGACUGCAAAAGGCAGAAGCAUCACGACUAAAAUGAUCUCUAACGUUGUAUGGUUGUAG